CAAAGCCGCUUUGAUCCUGAUCCAUAUAACACAAUAGGCUCCAGUGUUAAUCAAAGCACGUGCAUGCUUUCUCUCUCUCACACACAGAGACUUCUAACCAUUUUUUUAUACCGACCAAACAACUUGACAUGCACACACACAGACACCUUGGCACAGUAGCCCAGUUUGAAGUGGGAAAAGGGUGAGAGCCAGAGGUGCCAAAGGUGGAGGAGGUGGAGGAGGAGGAAAAGAGGGGUGGUCCGAGACAUUCACCCAGGUUUUGACUCUCCACCCCCCCCUCACUAGAAGAGGCCACUCUCCCUGCAGGAAACCUCUAGCAGCUGGUCAUCCCGCUGAGCAGGUCUCUGCGGUGCACUUCAGAGUUCUCCCCUCCAGAGAGGACGAGGGAAGGAGAGGGACGCUGGACGGCACUGUACUGUUUGGUGUAGGUGGUUAGGGAGAUUACUUCUGACAAGCCACUGGACCCUUGGACCACAGAUUUGCACCUGCAUCAGUGCACCAGCUUAACAAGAUCCUCUUCCUCCAUAAACACAUCUGACGACCAGGAGACCAAGCCUGGUAGCAGUCAGUUCAGAGCUGAAGAUAUCUGCGUGAAGCUUAAGUUCCAGUAUACAACCGUACCGCCCAACAGGAUGAGGUUUGAGAGCAUCCUGGCAGAGACGGAUGGAUUUGGACGAUUUCAGAUCGCCCUCAUCACACUGAUGGUGAUCCCCCGCAUCACGCUACCCUGUCACUUCCUGUUAAACAACUUCAUAGCAGCCACACCGCCACAUCACUGUGACAUCAACCAUCAUCUGCAUACUGAGGGCGUCUUUGGGAGUCUCACUGGUGAGCAGAUACUGGCUGUCAGUAUUCCAGCGAAGGCAGACGGGACACCCUCUUCCUGUCUUAUGUACUCAGAGCCCCAGUUCCACCUGCUGUCCAACUCUUCCAACGCCACUGACCUUCCCACAGAACGAUGUCGGAAUGGAUGGGCGUAUGACAACAGCACUUUCAAAAGCACCCUGGUUACAGAGUAUGAUCUGGUCUGCGAUAAGAGAGGGCUGACAAAAGGCUCUGCGACCAUCUUUUUCGUUGGAGUCAUGCUUGGGGCAGUAUUCUUUGGUGUCCUCUGUGACAAGUAUGGUCGCAGGAGUAUGUUACUGGUGUCCUACAUCUCGGCUAUCAUAUUCAGUCUGAUCAGUGCCCUAUCAAACAGCUACAUCAUGUUUGCUGUGUUUCGAUUCCUCACUGGCUUUGGAAUAACAGGAAUUAGCAUUAUUUCCAUUGUCCUCAGUGUGGAGUGGGCAGAUAUAGAGCAUCGGACAUUUAUUGGCGUGUUUGGAAGUGUAUCCUGGACGCUAGGCAACAUGAUGCUUGCGGGAAUUGCAUACUUGGUCCCUGACUGGAGAAUGCUGAUUAUCACGGUCACCGCUCCUCUAGUGCUCGCAAUCAUAACUUGGUGGUGGAUCCCGGAAUCAGCCCGCUGGCUGAUAGCCAAUGGGAAAACAGAACGAGCUCACUACUUCCUGCAAAGGUGUGCCACCAUUAACGGCAGAAAAGAAUUCUCCUCCAGAAUUAAGCCAGAGACUUUAUCGAGUGUUGUAGCAGCGGACCACCAGAACCGCAGCUUCACAUAUCUGGACCUCAUCAAGACCCCUCGCAUGAGGAGACUGACUGUGCUCACAGGCAUUGUGUGGUACGGAGUUGCAUCUACAUACUAUGGCAUCAGUUUGAACAUCACUGGCUUUGGACUGGACCUUUACCUGACCCAUUUUAUCUAUGCAUCUAUCGAGCUUCCCGCCAAGUUUCUCAUCUAUUUCAGUCUGAAUAUCAUUGGCCGCAGAUACAGCCAAGCGGGCACCCUUCUGCUCACAGGGAUAUGCAUCCUGAUAAACAUCUUCACCCCCAAAAGUUUUUGGAUGUUUCGCACCAUUGUAGCAGUGUUGGGAAAAGGUCUUUCUGAAGCUUCCUUCACCACAGUCUUCCUCUACACUACGGAGUUGUUUCCCACAGUGGUCAGACAAAAUGCUGUUGGCUACACCAGUUUCAUGGCUCGUCUGGGUGCCUCCAUCUCGCCUCUCAUCAUGCUGUUGGAGGAUGUGUGGAAGCCUCUCCCUGAGGUGGUGUUUUGCUCAGUGGCCAUCGUGUCUGGACUAGUGGCUUGGCUUCUACCCGAAACCAACAAUGCACGGCUGCCUGAGACCAUUGAAGACAUUGAGCAAACCAGAAAAAGAUCCAUCUGCAUGUCCUCUCAAGACGGGGGGAAACUAAAGCCAGAGCCGGAGCCACUAAAAGCACACAAGGGGUCAGAGGUCAAUUCAGAAAAAUCAACCAUGAUGGAGUCAUGAUAGUGCAUCGGUCUUACUAUAGACCCUCCUGAGAUGUUUUUAUUGGUAGGUGAUGAGAUUAAUAAAAUAUUUUAUCACUGAUUAAAAAAA